AUGGACACCGCAAUGGACACCGACCCCUCCCCCACCUCCAAGGUGCAAGUCCAAUUCGUGACCCGCCACCCCGACAUCGCCGUGCCCGCCGCGCCCAUCCUCGUCCCCUCAAACCUCAAGCGCUACGGCCUCUCCCAGAUCAUCAACCACCUCCUCGACACCUCCACGCCCGUGCCCUUCGACUUCCUCGCAUCCGGGUCCUUCCUGCGCACCUCGCUCGACGCCUACCUCACGCAGCACGGCCUCAGCGCCGAGAGCGUCAUCACGCUCGAGUACGUGCGCGCCGUCGUCCCGCCAAAGUUCCGCGCGGCCUUCCAGCACGACGACUGGGUGUCCAGCGUGCACACGCUCUCCCCAACCACCUCCUCCUCCCUCUCCUCCCCGCUCAUCCUCUCCGGCUCCUACGACGGCAUCGCGCGCAUCUGGAACCUCAGCGGCCAGGUCCUCUCCGAAGCACCGGGGCACAGCGCCCCCAUCAAAGCCGCCAAAUGGACUCACAACGGCGCCGGCCUCGUCACUGCGGGAAUGGACCGCACCCUGCGCCUCUGGUCGUACGACCCCUCCGCCGACGGCGCCGACGCCAUCACGCCGCUCGCCGAGCUCCUCGGCCACAAAUCUACCGUCGAGCACCUCGCCGUCGACCCGCGCAGCACGCACAUCCUCUCCGCCUCCUCCGACAGCACCGUGGGCGUCUGGUCCACCACCCCCACCUCCCUCCCCCCCGCCCCCGCCGCCGCCCUCCCCCCAAAGCCCACCAAGAAGCGCAAGACCGCGCCCUCCGCCGUCCCGCGGUACGGCGCCCUGGCGCUCCUGUCCGGCCACACAGGCCCGGUGGCAGCCGUCGAGUUUGACGGCAAGGACGCAACAGUGGCCUACUCCGUCGGAUGGGACCACACCAUCCGCACGUGGGACUUGGCCACGCAUAGGCUGGUGGAUACACGCACGACGCAGCACCCGAUCGCGAGUGUGUGUGUGCUGCCGGGUCUGUCGCUGCUGGCCGCCGGCAGCACGGCAAGGCAUAUCACGCUGCAUGACCCGCGCGCGAGCGCGAGUGAGGUGGCAGCGAGUACGCUGAGGGGCCAUACGAACUGUGUUGCGGCGCUGUGUGCGGGCGGGGAGAGUGAGUGGAUGAUGGCGUCGGCGGGGCAUGAUGGCACGGUGAGGGUGUGGGAUGUGAGGGCGGCGGGCAGUGGGAGUGUGUUUGUGAUUAGGAGGGAGGGGGAGGGGGUUAGUGGCAGGGAGAAGGUGUUUGCGGUGGAGUGGAGCGAAGUGGGGAUUGUGAGUGGGGGGGAGGAUAAGAGGGUGCAGAUCAAUGAGACGCCGAGGGGCGGGGAUGAGAAGGGGGUGGAGGAGAGUGUGGAGUCGAGGUUGUAG